GGUUCUUCUUGUUCGCCAAUUCUCGUCUGAAACUGAUCCCCCCUCGUCUUUUGGCCUUUCUCGGGCCCAUCUGGAUGUGCGUGGGAGACACAAAAAUGGCUGACAACAAGGGAACUGGAGACACCCCCAAGAAGCCCCUGCCACCACCUCCACCCCCACCUCCACCUCCGCAAAUCUCCCCUUCUCCCACCGAAGAAGCUACCCCCGCCGAGCCCAGAGCUCCCCCACCACCGUCUCCCGCGGUGGUCGUCACCGGAGCGCCUCCCUUCAUCUCGGCCCCUUUCUUCGACCAGCACCACCCUCAAUUCGAGGCGGUGAGUGUUAGUAACCCCAAAAGGCCAAGGUUUGGCGUCGGUCAAUGGAAGCUCCUUACGUCUCCCCCCGAGUCGAGCCCUUCCCCGACCGCCCACCGGAACCCGAACCCGCUGGCCCUCGCAUCCACCGCCUCGUCCUCCGACACGACGUCGUCGCCUACUCAGUCCCCAAUAACAUCUGUCCCCACCACCUCAUGCCAAGAAACGAGCAAGCUGGAAGGUGGAGGAGACCAGCAGCAAUUUCAAACCCACCACCAAUUCAGGAAGGGCAAGUACGUGAGCCCAGUUUGGAAGCCCAACGAGAUGCUGUGGCUCGCUAGGGCUUGGCGGGUCCAGUACCAAGGAGGCGGCGGUGGCGGGUCGUCGUCGGAUUCAAGAAUAGAUCAGAACCCACCAGCCGGCGGAGGAGAUGCGGCGGCGCCGGGGAGGGGGAAGACGAGGGCGGAGAAGGACAGGGAGGUGGCGGAGUUCUUGAACCGGCACGGGGUAAACCGGGACGCAAAGACGGCGGGGACCAAGUGGGACAACAUGCUGGGGGAGUUCAGGAAGGUGUACGAGUGGGAGAGAGGCGGCGAGAGAGAGCAGGUCGGGAAGAGCUAUUUCCGGCUGUCUCCUUACGAGAGGAAGGUGUACCGACUGCCGGCUUCGUUCGACGAGGAGGUGUUCGAGGAGCUCGCGCAGUUCAUGGGCCCCAGAAUGAGGACGACGGGACAAAGCAGAGUCUCCGCCGUCUUCGCUGACGACAGCGGUGGCGGGGUUAGGGCUCUUCCUCCUCCGCCUCCUCCUUUCAGGGACGAUGAUCCUACUCUACUCACUGCUAGGACAAAACAACUGGUUAUGAGCAGUGGAGUUGAGGCUUCAUCCUAUCAUGCUAGUCGAGGAGGAGGCCUGUUUCUAGGGUUCGAGACGUCGUCGCUCGACGUCGGGUCGGGCCCCUCGGCUUCUUCCGCCUUGAGGGAGAUGCGCCGCAUCGGGAAGAUAAGGAUGACGUGGGAGGAGUCGGUGAGCCUGUGGGCCGAGGACGGCGAGCACCACCGUGGGAGGGUGAGGCUCCAAGGGUCGAGCUUCUUGAACGCCGACGAGCUGGCCUUCUUCGACGACUCCAUGGUUGCUUGCACGAUGGAGGCUUUCGAAGACGGAGCUCUGAGGGGGUUCUCCGUGGACAGGUUCGUCCCCGGACAACAAGUCAAAGUCUUUGGCAGGAGGAAGUCCUCUUCUUCUACUACUUCGGUUUCUGCCUCUUCCGCAGCUUCUGGUUUUCAAGAGAGAGUUCAGCUUCCACUGCCAGAACCCUCUUUAAGAUCUAUUCCUCCGUGGGAAUUUCAAGAUCCGACCGAGUACUACGUGGGUUGCUUGCGAGUCCCGCCGACGACACUCCCUACGUUGUUCGAGCUCUCAUGGUACAUCCAAGAGCCACCGCCCGAGGAGCUUCGCUUCCCGCUCCGACGAGACGUCUACAGAGACUUGCCACCGGGCAAAGAGCUCUUCUUCGCCACCUCCCACGAGCUCCUAGACUCUAGAUCCUUCACGUUGGACAUCUUGAGCUCCGUCAUGCGUACCAGCCCUAGCCUCACCUCAUCCACCGCCACGUCCCGAGACUCCUUUAUCGGGCUAUGGGAUGAUUGCCUCAACCGGGUUGUGUCCAAGUUCUGCUCCGCAGAGAUGGUCAUGAUCCGAAAGCCCUCGGGGGCUGCGGCUGAAGCGGCGCUGCAAGAUCAGUGGCCGAACUUGACCGGGUUCGUGAGGAACUUCUGCUUGUGGAGGGGAGAGGAGACGGAUCAGGUCCGAGAGGGUCAAGUUGAUCCGUCCUCGUCGAUCAUAGAGAAGCUGAUGUGGACAUAUAUGGAUCUUCCUUACAUCUUGGGCUACUUUGCGGUCGGCCAUACGGUGACAUUCUGCGCGCUCAGCCGAUCGCAGGAUGCCCGCGUCGUCCGGACUGAUCUAUGCAAAUUUGAUCUGUCGUCACAGGCGGACCGUCUCAAGGCCUUGGUCCCGUGCUACAGGGUCGCCGGUCUACUGUCCCUUUUGGCGGAUCGGUGCUUCAACAACAUGAAUGCCAACAUCGGGAAUUACAAGAACAGCAUUUUCCCAUACAGCGAUUUCGAGAGGAUCGAUUUGGGAAAUGGAAACGUCGCGGAGAUGACGCCCAACAUGGCGACGAGAUUCUUCUCUAGCAGAAGAAAAUGGAGCGCGGUGAAGGAAAUAUACGACUUCCUGGAUCACAGGGUUCCGCACGCAGAGUUCAUUUGCCGCUCGUCGGAGAGAGAUUUGGCAUUGGUGUUCAAGCCACGAGGGUGCAAAUCGAAGCCCGCUAAUUGCGAGCAGCUGGUGGAGGCUCUCAUGUACGUGACCAAAGCGCUCGGGGCGUUGCAUGACUUGUCCUUCAUGCACAGGCACUUGAGCUGGGACAAGGUCAUGCGGAGGAGCGACAUCGAGGGCGAGUGGUUCGUCUGCGGGUUCGACGACGCCACGGGCGCGCCCCAGAUAAACCCGCACGGCGGGGGAGGAGGGGCAUGGGAGGCCCGUGGGCCGCACGCGCCGGAGAUGGUGGGGAGGGGGUUGCAUGGGGUGAAGGUGGACGUGUGGGGGGUUGGCUAUUUGGUCAAGUCUUGCGGUUUGACGGCGAGCGGCCUGCCGAAGAUGCUGAGGGACCUGCAGAGCAGGUGCCUGGACCCGAACCCAGAACACCGGCCGACCGCGGCCGACUGCUACCACCACCUCUUGCAGCUCCAGUCGUCUCUGUCGGUCGCGGGGGGCGGCGGAACCGGCGGUGGGUACUGAAGAGAAGGCCGAUUUGACUUUGAUUUUGAUUGGUUGAGAUCGAUACAUACCAUAAAAAGAUGCGAUUUUUUCUUUUACCCUUUCAAAUUUCACAACUCGCUCGCGAGACCAGCUUUCUCU